GUACCAAUGGUUUGGAUACAGAAAGUGGGGCCCACUUUUACAAUCCAUCUGGCCCAGUCAUUGUAUAAUAAUACAUCUUUUAUGCUAUUGUUCCUAACAAUAAUAUAAGUAGGAGAAACGCAAAUCCAAACCAUUUCCAUUCUUUCCGAACAAGCAAGCAAGCAACCAAGCCAAAGCCAUGAAGUUGAAGGUUCUCUUCGUUACAGUUGCGAUUGUAUUCAUCUCUAUCUUCCUAGCCCUCCGUCCUUUCCAAACUCUUUUCAAUACUCCCUUUCUAGCAACUGGAGCCUCCAACAAGUUCAGGGGCUCGGAAUUAAUCAGUGUCGUUGGUGCAGUCGGCCCUGAAAGCCUUGCUUUCGAUCCAAACGGAGGAGGGCCCUACACCGGCGUAUCCGACGGUCGGAUUCUCAAGUGGCACGGGAAAGAUAUUGGAUGGAUUGAAUUUGCAGUCACUUCUCCCCAUUACUUGACGAGAAGGAACGAUUGUGAGGGUUCACAUGACCCGGGAUUGGAGCACGUGUGUGGACGCCCCUUAGGACUGCGGUUCGAUGAGAAGACUGGCAAUCUCUACAUAGCCGACGCUUACUAUGGGCUACUCAUGGUGGGCCCCAGUGGUGGAUCAGCCGUACAACUGGCAAGUCAUGUCAAUGGCAACCCUUUCCGUUUCACCAAUGAUUUGGACGUAGAUCACGAGAGUGGAGCUGUUUAUUUUACUGACAGCAGUGCACGCUUUCAACGGAGGCAAUUCUUGUCAACGAUCAUCAGCGGGGAUAAAACGGGGAGGCUGAUGAAAUACAGUCUGGAAACAAAACAAGUAACAGUUCUUCUACAUGGCCUGUCCUUGCCAAACGGCAUUACGCUUAGUAAAGAUGGCUCCUUCCUCCUAAUCUCAGAGACCACUGCUUGUCGAAUUCUAAGGUUUUGGCUUCGAACUUCAAAGGCCGGAACCACCGAAGUAUUUUCCCAGCUCCCAGGAUUCCCAGAUAACAUCAGGAGAAGCCCGAGCGGAGACUUUUGGGUGGCAUUACAUUCGAAAAGAGGAAAGAUCUUGGAAUGGAUUCUUUCUAUUUCGUUGGUAGGUGAUGCAUUAGUUAGACUACUCCCCAUUAACAUCGAGCAAUUCUAUUCAUAUCUGGUUAGAUGGCGUGGGAAUGAUGCAAUGGCACUGAGGUUGAGCGAGGAAGGUGAGGUUUUGGAGGUGUUGGAAGAUAUAGGUGGGAAAGUUUUGAGGUUUGUUAGUGAAGUUGUGGAGAUUAAUGGGAGUUUAUGGAUUGGAUCGGUGGUCAUGCCUUUUGUUGGUUUCUUUAAGCUCUAGAACAUUUAAGAUAAGAUAUAUAUAAAGCAUCUAAAUUUUUAGUUCUGGAUUAUGGUAAAUUGACACACGUGUACAAGAUCAUGACUGUUCAUUGUUCUCCUGUUGUGCAUUGAUAUCAAGUGCCGAUAAUAACACUAGGGAGAUGAUCUUAUCCAUCUAUGAGAUGAUUUUGCAAAUUGAACUUGACCGCUAGUUCAUCUCUAUCUUCAAAUUCCGGGAGUCCUCCCAUCAGUGGCUAGGAUUAGAGUGUGAUAUUGUCCCUCAGGCCCAGAUCCUUUGCAUGUGUAUCACAUGUGUGGAUAUUGGAUGCUUUGUAAGUUUGAUAAUAUUGAAUGUACAACGUGUUUGGAUA